UCCAUUUUACUGUGGGGCGGCGGCGGAGCCGGUGGGGGGCGGUUCAGGAUGGUGGCGGUGCCGCGGGCAUCGCAGUGACUCGCUGCGGGGCUCGGGCGGCCCUGCCUGGAUGCGGGGCCCGCGGGGGAGCCGCCCCGCGUCCGAGCGCUGAGGGGAACCGGGCUGCCCGCCGCCGGGGGAAGCGAGCGGGGGGGGUGCCCGGCGCCCCCUCGGCAGCGCCUGAGGUGAGAGCUGGCAGCGGCCGGCUCCUCCCCUGCCUCCUUCCCUCCCUGAGGCGCCCCCCGGCUCCGGGGGUGGGGAGCGAAGAUGAGCAGCGAGGCGCUGCGGCUGUUCAAGCAGCUGAACCUGCAGCUGGAGCAGGAGGGGCGCUUCCAGCCCCGCGAGAAGGGGCUCAGCCUCAUCGAGAGCGCGGCCGAGAAUGAAAAUACUCUGUGCCCGAGACAAAGGAAUGCCAAGGUGGAAGAUCUCUGGAGUCUGACCAACUUUUUUGGUUUUUCAACUGAAACAUUUGUUUUGACUGUUAACAUUUUGGACAGAUUCCUGGCUCUUAUGAAGGUGAAACCGAAGCAUUUAUCCUGCAUUGGAGUUUGUUGUUUCCAACUGGCUGCCCGAGUAGUUGAAGAAGAAUGCAAUAUUCCAUCUGCUCAUGAGAUUAUCCGGAUCAGCCAAUGUAAAUGCACUGUGUCCGACCUGAAACGGAUGGAAAAGAUAAUUUCAGAAAAGUUGCACUUUGAAUUUAAAGCUACUACUGCCUUAACUUUCUUGCACUUGUACCAUACUAUUGUACUCUGUCAUACCUCAGAAAGGAAAGAAGUAUUGAAUCUCGACAAAUUGGAAGCACAACUAAAAGCUUGCAACUGUCGUCUAGUCUUCUCUAAAGCAAAACCAUCUGUCUUGGCCUUGUGCCUUCUCACUCUUGAAGUUCAGACUUUGAAAUCUGUUGAGCUGUUUGAGAUACUUCUGCGUGUUCAAAAGCAUUCAAAGAUAAGUGAUAGUGAGCUCCUUUACUGGAGGGAACUGGUCUCGAAAUGCCUGGCAGAUUAUUCUUCUCCUGAAUGUUGCAAGCCUGAUCAUAAAAAGCUAGUUUGGAUCGUUUCAAGACGGACAGCCCAGAAUUUACAGAACAGUUACUACAGCGUUCCUGAGUUGCCAACAAUACCAGAGGGUGGCUGUUUCAAUGAAAGCGAAAGUGAAGACUCCUGUGAAGAUAUGAGCAGCGGAGAAGAAAGCCUUAGCAGUUCUCCUCCCAGUGAUCUGGAAGGCACCUUCUUCUUCAAACUCAAAACUAAAACAAAAUGGCAAACUCUUAACUCUCAGUCUUCGCGUUAAGUCUUGAUUGUAGUAGGUUAAGAUUUUUUAAUGCACCAUAGUCUCGGCAAUAAUAAGAGGAGGUGGUAUUCUGUAAGCCGUCUGUGUUAAGGCAAGAGUUGCUGUGGUACAACAACGCUUUGAAUGCCUGCCUUGUUUUUGCUUUUCUAACUUUUAAGGAAAAAAACCAACUCCCAUUCAGGUCCCAGUUCAGCCAAAAGUUGAUGUAUGGUUUUGAUGUCAAUGCAGAUAAAUGCAGUCCUGUACCUGGUGGCCCCGAUGCUUAGCAGCUAAACAUAAGCAGCGGUGUUCCCUGACAGCAUACUGGGCUGCCUGAACAGGCUGAGGGUUGAGGGAAAUAGGCUUGUUUUUCUUCCCUUUACUUGACAUUUGUUCUUGCCUGGAACAAUGCUCAGUUUUGGGCCAGCUUGUUCAAGUCUGACACAUAGCUGCCAAGAUGGUCAGGGGGUCUGGGGUAUGGGGCCUGUGAGGAAAGGCUGGGGGAAAUGGGGUUACUCAGCUUGGCACAGAGGGUUUUGAGGGGGAGUAGGGUUGAACAGCAGCCUUUCAGUAUGUGAGAGAAGGUUGCUGAGAUGAUUAUUUCAUGGCCUUGACUGAAAUUCAUGGAGUAAGAAUGAGCCAUGUCAUAUAAGUUGAAAUGGGAGGUUUUCCAUUAAAGUAAUGGAAGACUUGGGCUCCAUGGGGGACAGUUGAGCAUGGGAAUGGACUAAGAGGGGCUGCACGAUCUUUGUCCUAAGAGGUUCUCAGGCUUCAGUGUGACAAAACCCUGAGCAGCUUCUCUGAACUCAGUGUUGGUGCUGCUCUGGGCAGGGGCUUGGCACAGAGUCCUCCUGUGAGAGCCCCUCUGCUCUGCAGCGUUUUGUGAUGAGAUCAAAUUGGCUGAGUGGGUUAAGUGGCAUGAUGUGCACACAGUACCAUGCUGAAGUGAUGAUUUACUGUGAAAUGGGCCUUCUUAAUACUGAAACUGCUUUAACACUUCAUGUGCUGGGCUACUUUUCAGCAGUUUUUUCAAGCAGUUUUUAUUUGAAGCUUAGUUUUUCAUACACUUGAGGAAUCCCUGUUUCAAAUUAGGAGUAUGCAUGGUAAGAGAUUUCUAGUCAAUACGAGCUUUUACUAAAAGUGGUAGCAUAAAGUGUGACAGGGCUUACUUUUAUAUUUUUCUUUAAUACAGAUGAGCUUACACUGAAACUCAUGAUGUAUGCUUCAGUGUGUUUAAAAUCUUAGUGUUAACAUGUAAGUCCAUAUUGUUAGCCUAGGCUUAUUGACACGGUAAAUCUUGAAGUCUACAUUCCUUUGAAUAUUUAACCCUUGUAGUUGAUUUCAGUAUAUUCAUGUUAUUGAUUGAGUCAUAAUCAGACUUGUUUGCAUGCUUAUGUAAAGCAGUUAGUGCGGGAAACGAUAUUAUGCAGUAAUAUCAGGUAAAUGUGAUGUUGAUGAAGUAGUUAAUGUAAUGGUUUUUCCUGAACUUUGUAACGAAGCACAUGAACUGAAGUAUGCUUGCAUUCCCCUGUACUGAGAGUAUGGCAGGUAGCAAGCGGAAUUAACUCAGAAUAACGGUGUGAAGCGUGGUGGUGCCAAAGUAGAAAUGAAGGAGCAAAGAAGCUAGAGGCCGUUUUGUAGGUGGAAGAGUCAUUUUAGAAUAUGAGCAGUGCUGUAAGUUCAUAACUGUUACAUGAUUGCAGUUUUAUAAAAAUACAAAAAGUUUACAAAAAAUGUAAAUAAAAAUGUAAAUUAAAAAUGUACAGAAAAAAAUUUAAAACAAAAAAAUGAGCAGAAAAUACUGUAUUUUUUUACCUUGUAACUUUUGUAGGUAUGUUGCAUGUAGAUAUUAAUUUAUUGUGUACUCUGUAUGAUACGAACCCUGUACACUAGAAGACUUCUUACUGCAAGUCAGCACCUGGAAGCUCACUUUGGAAAUACCGAGUACCUUGGUUGCAAGUAAUGAACCUACUGCAUCCUGUUUCAGUUGAGAACAAAAAUAAACCAAUUGCUGUAUUUGCUAA